CUUCUAAGUGACCUUCACUUUGCUAAUGCAAAGAAGUUUGGUAGAAUGUUCAGUUAAAAUAACUGAGAUAUGUCUAAACGCCCAGUGCGCUCACAUACGAUUUCCAAAUCAUGCAGGAUACAACCAAAUGCUCAGGUUACACUUGAACGGGUAAUAGGUUUCACACUGAACAAUAAUUGCGCAGUUGCUUUCUCUGAUAAAACUGGUCUUAUUGCUCAUGCAGCUGGAUGUGUGACAGUUCUUCACUCAUUCGAAAAUGAACGACAACAAUUCAUACAAAGUCAAAGUCGUAAAGCUAUUACAGCAAUGGAUUUUAGCUCAGAUGGAAAAUAUUUGGCCACAGGAGAGUCAGGUCAUCAACCAAUGGUUCGAUUAUGGAACGUAUUAGAUCAUUGUCAAUUAUCUGAAUUCGGUGGUCAUCAUUUUCGUGUGGUCGCCGUGCGUUUCAGUCCAAACGAUCAAUAUUUAGUGAGUGUUGGCAGUCAAGAAGAUCACACUUUGUAUGUAUGGGAUAGACAGAGUGGACAACGAGUGGCCAGUGCAAAAGUUACAAAUCGGAUUUAUGGAGUUGCUUUCAGUCCAACGGGACAAUUUUUUGUUACAGUUGGUGUCCGUUAUGUUCGUUUUUGGUAUUUAGAAAAUAAACGCAAUAAAAUUCGUGAAACCUUACCACUACAUGGAAGAAAUGCUAUUUUAGGUGAUAUGUUCAAUAGUGUAUUUACUGAUGUAUGCUGUGUUAAUUCAUCGUCGUCGUCGUCGCCGUCACUGUCUUCUGUCCCUCCUCCUUCAUCAUUAUCCUCAAAUUCGUCUUCCUCUAAUCCCGGUUCUAUUCAAAUUAAUUCUUCCAAAAAAUUGAAAUCUUCAGCUGGUGGAGAUCAGGAAGAUGUGGCAAAUAAUAAUAAUAAUAAUAUUAAUGCCAAUAAUAAUAUCAGUAAUAAAACCACAACAACAUCAUCAUCAUCUCCAAGUAUUGGCUCAACAGCAAGUACAACAUCUACUUUAACAUUAGUUGUAAAUACAGCUGGACGUUUAAUACAAUUUAAUGGUCAAAGAGAUCUAGACAAAUGGGUUGAUUUGAAAACCUCUAGAGCAAAUUGUAUCUCAACAAGUGGUUCAUGGGUAACUGUUGGCUGUACUACCGGUGUUUGCCUAUUAUUUGAGGCUGAAAGUUUACAGUUUAUAGCUAAACUUCCUUUACCUCAUUCGUUGGGUUCCAGUUUGCAUCUUUCUCCGGAUAUUGUCUCAAGCGAUUUGAAUGUAAAUGAAUCUAUUUAUCCUGAUAUUAUUGCAAUUAAAUUGGAUUGUAUACGUAAUCGUAUAAUUUGUUUUUAUAAUGAUCAUAGUAUUCAUGUCUGGGAUAUACAUGAUUUGACAACGAUCAAUAAAUGUCGAUCACAUUAUUAUCACAGUCGAGGUAUUUGGUCAGUGGAUUGUUUAACGGAACAGUGGCAACAGAAUAGCAAUAAUAAUAAUGUUUCAUUAAGUCAUUUACCAUCCUGGUGGUUAAAUGAUAUGUUUGUCACGUGUUCUGACGAUGGAACUAUUCGAUUUUGGAAUCUGAUUGGUAAUUGUCGAUCGACGACAAAUAAUCUGAAUGAGAAUGGAGUUCGAUUGUCAACAAGUGUUCCAGCUGGUUCAGAUUUUAUAGGAUCUACCACAUUGGAAUGUACAGAACAACUUGCUGGCAUUAUAUACACUGAUCCAAGUUACAAACACCUAUGUACUAGUGAUCGUCCUUCAAUUGAAAUUACCUUGUCUAAACUAGAAGGCGGAAUAGGUUUGUUAGGAGGACCUGGUUUUAUACCUGGUACAAAUGAUCUUGGACAAAUCGAUUCUGCACUUCAAUCGCCUGCAUCACCAUCACGUCCAUCAUUCAGUGAUCACUGUCAGUUGUUUUCCAGUUUAACUUCAUCGAAUACUGCUGCUACUAAUGUUAGUAAUAAUAAUACUGCUACCAAUAUUGGACCAACAUGUGUUCGCACCAUUUGUAUUAGUCCCGAUGGUCGUCAUUUAGCAGCUGGUGAUCGUGAUGGAAGUUUAAGAGUUUACUCCUUGGAAACAUUAAAAUUGUUUUAUCAAAUACCUGCUCAUGACAAUGAAAUUCUAUCAUUGAAUUUCUUUCGAUCGCAUUCAGUGCCUCAACUUUUAUUGUUAUGUUCUGCUUCACGUGAUCGUAUGAUUCAUAUAUUCGAUCCGAAUAAAGAAUAUUCUCGUGUACAAACAAUAUCUGAUCAUUCAGGUGCUAUAUUUUCUGCAAAGAUCAUUGAAACUGAUGAUGGUGAAAUUCGAUUAAUCUCAUGUGGUAUGGAUAAAUCAUUAUUAUUUAGAAUACUUGAACCUGAUGAAUCUGGCCAAACAGCACAUUUUGCACUUGAACAUCAUUUAGUUGGACGUCAUUCUCAAUUAGAUGCUUCCAUUACGCCAAUGUUACCUAGUUCAUUGGAAAAUCGGACGAAUUCCACGAAUCGAAAACGUUAUCUAGCUGUUGCAUGUCAAGAUAGAAGGUUGAGAAUUUAUAAUGUUGUCACUGCACGUCCUGUACGCUGUUAUCGUGGAAGUUACACUGAAGAUGGUUUUCUAGUUCGUUGUUCAAUUGAUCCAACUGGAUCGCUGAUUGCAACUUCAGGUUCAGAUAAACAAUUGAAUUUAUUUCAUUUACUUACUGGUGAAUCAAUUGCCACAUUAUAUGGUCAUUCAGAAUUAUGUUUAGGCUUAAAAUUUCUACCUAAUCUACGUUAUUUAAUAUCAGUUAGCGCUGAUAGUUGUAUAUUUGUUUGGCGUUUAUCAACAACUUUAACACAAUAUCUAUAUGAACGUAUUACUACACCGUGUAUGUUUAAGAAUGUAUUAGGCAAUUCAAUUAGUUAUCCUCAAUUAGAUGGAAUUCCAUUAGGAAGAACAACUUCUGCAAAAUCAAAAACUAGUCGAGGAGAAGAAGAAGAAGAAGAAGACGGAGUUUGUCGUGAUUUAUUAAAUAAAACUUGUUCCAAUUAUUCUCAUAUUCGUAAUAAUGAUGAUGAUAACGGUGAGGAUGAGGAUGAUACUAAACAAAGUGUCACAUUUCGAAAAUAUGCUUGUCAAUACAACAACGGUAGUAGUAAUAUUAAUAAUGAGGAUUGUAACAGUCUGUUAUGCAAUAAUAGUGAAGUGAUUGAAUAUGCAAAUGAUGCUGAUGACCUGGAUAAUGAUGAUGAUGAUGACGACGACGCAACAUCGUUUAGUCAAACAAUGCCUCCGUCGGAAUGGAAUGAUUCACUUGCAGAAUAUGAUGAUGAUGAUGAUCAUGGAGAAGAUAGUGAAUUUGAUGCAGCAUUUCCUUUAGAUGAUUUAUUAUCAACGGAUAAUGUGACAAAUACGAAUACAGUUCGUAUGAAGAAUCAUACAAUCAAUAGGCAUCAUGUAAAGAAACGUAAAUCUAUUGUCAGUGAAAGCACUCCAACUAAUCGGCGUACUAAUGAAAAUAAUAACAAUAAUAAUAAUACUUUGCCUGUCAAUCAUUCGAGUAAAUCGCAAACUACGCCAACUACUACUAGUAAUGCAGCAAUUUCAGUCAAUCAAGAUAAUGAUGACAACAAUAAUUGUAGUAAUCGUGUUCGAGGCAAAAAGCCAGAAUUCUAUUUCAGUGUCAGCGCACUUCCAGCUUGGGCACGUAGAAAAGUUUUGAACAGUGAAUUCGAUGUGGCUGGAUCGGAUUCAGCUAGUCAAACCUCUGUAGGAAGUGGUCCAAUAUUGCCUAUUUCGACUAAAGGCCCCGGUUCUUUUGAAAUGAUGCCUAAUCAUGUUUACCCAUCAUCUUCAACCACAGCAACAAAUAAAACAUCCAAACACACCCGUGUCCGCAGCAAAAUGUCAAUUGGAGAUAUUUCUGAAAGAGACAUAUUAACACCGGUGUCUACUACUACUGCUGUAUCUGUUUCACAAUCUACAAUAUCAAAUAAUCCACAUAGUCGUACAAUUCAGUCAUCAAUGUCUCGAUCAGAAUACAACACUAGAGAAUGUUCCCAUGCCAGUGGAAAUGGUGAAAUCAACUCCAAUGAACAAGUAAUUCGUGGAAGAAAAAAUAAUUGGUCUGCACGUGCUGUUUCUGCUCCGGAUACACCUCGUUCUUGGAAGAAAGAUUCUUACAGUGGGGAUAAUAAACGAACGAUGACGACAGCAGAAACAACAACGUCAGCAACAACAACAACAACAGCAUCAGUGACAUCCACAUCCACUACUACUGCUACCACAAGAACACGAAAAAUAAUUGACAAUUCUGUCAGAAAACCUUGUCCUACUCAACAGACAGCGGAAACAUCUUUGAUCUAUCGGAUCUCUGUGCAAAAUAGACCUAAGGAUUUGGCUUUGGAAAAAUUCACACCACCAACACAUACUUAUGAAGUUUGUGCCAAUCGAUUAUUAUUGAACGAAGCGAUGAGUGGUACAGAUUGUCCAAAUGCAUUGCCAUUAUUUAAUAGACCUAAAAAUCGAUCAUCUCAACAGCGAUCUUAUUCAGCUACACAACUAAUUCCUUCAAGAAAUAAACUCAAACUUCAAGAACGACGUCAUGUUCGAUCUCGUGCGUGUUGGUUUCCUGUUAGUUCUCCUAUGCAAAAUCAUCCUCCUACAAUCGAUGAUGACUCUGUCAGUCUACAUCCAACAAAUAGUUUACAUCAUCUCCUUGAUGAUGUUAAUACAAAUUAUGCCUCGAAUUACAAUAAUAGUAAUCGUCUUCAACAGCACAAUCAGUCGAAGAUUUUACGAGCUUCUAUGGAUAUAACUUCAAAGGCUCCAAUGAUGUCAUCAACAUCAUCCUCAGCUUAUUAUGAUUCAAAGAAUCGUUUAUUUACUGACAAAAAGUAUUCUUCACAAUACCUAACCAAUAUACAACAGACAAAUUGUCCAGUGAUCAAUGAAUCUGUAGCCAAAAGCUCAACAUGUACUUUAAAAUCAACUACGUCUCAAUCCGAUGAUUUGAAUUCAUGUAGAUCAGCUGUCGAAUCACUUCAUGCUCUUCGUGUAGCAUUAGAUUUAGCGAUUAGUCGAUUGACUAAAUUAUCUUGUCACAAUCAUAAAAGUGAAGAACAUGCAAAUCUACGUCAAAUUGUUCAUGAAGAACUUGAAUGGCGAUUUUCUCGUUUACGUGCUAUGCUUGGUCUAUCACCAGUUUGUGUUGAAGCACCAGUUGCUCGUGUAUUAAUUGCAGAUAUUGUAGAAAGGUUAAUUCCAGAAUUAAAAUCAGCUUCUUCAUUGUUAGACAAUACAGAUGCUUUAAAUAACAGUAAUAAUACUAUUACUAAUGAUAAUGAUAAUGUAAAUAUCAAUAAUCCGGAUGAUGAAUUAAACACUGGGAACAAAUCACAAUUCCGCAAGUCAAUUGAUUUAUCCGAUACUUCUGACUAUAAUGGGUUGAAUAUUAAUUCAACGAUCUUGAAUCAUAGAACUAAAAAUAUUGUCGAUUGGGAUAGUUAUAUUGAGAAUAAUAAUAAUAAUCAUAAUAGAGAGACGGAUGAGAAAAUGAGUGAUGCAACUCAGUGUGGAGAAGAGGAUGAUGACGACAAUGGUGAUAUUCAAGAAAUAUGUAUACAAGAAACUCAAACUCUUGAUACUACCUAAAAGAAAAUGUUCACACUAUCGGUCUUUCCUUUGCUUUUUUUUUAAUUUUAAUUUUUGUUCAACAACUCUUGUUAUACUGUAGACAUACAGCUUAUCUUUCAUUUUAUUGUUGAAGUUAAACGACUGUGUAUUGUUUGAAUUUCAAUGAAUAACUAUUGAACAGACAGAAUUAAACACUUUCUAGAUAAUAUUUAUGCAUUUAGCACCUUUUUCAAAAUAGUGUUUAUUCAGAAGAAUUUUCGAAGAGUAGACAUGAAAUAGUUAUGAUGUGUGUAGGCAUAGUCUUGCAUAUUAUAUCAAUAUUGAAUGGAUAAUUGUUGAUUGGCCAUAUUACUACUAUUAAUAAUAAUAAUAAUAAAAUCCUCAAUCCUAUUUGUUAUUCCUCUAUAUAUUCGCGUAUAUUGUUGAUACGUGCAUGAAUAUAUAUAUAUAAAACAUUACGAAUACUUUUGUUUCAACUUCUCAUCGAAAAAGCCUUGAUGCUUCUUCCUGUAAUAUAUCUUAGCUAUUUUGAAUGCAUUUCACUGUGAAUUGAAAAAGUACACUACAUACAUAGUUAAACAAAUAAUCUUUGCGUGCUUAUUCAAACAUAAACACCAUUAUUUGACCAAUUUGUAUGCGUUAUUUGAAUAAAUUCAAUUUAUUUCGCCAUUAUUUCUUUCUUUUUUUACAUAAAUGUAUAUUUCUCAUAUAAUAUCUUGUUAAUUUCUUUAUUAUUAUUAUUACUGUUACUUAUUAUUUCUUUUUAAAUAAUUUCCUGUUCUUUCAACUAAAAUCCAAUUCGGCAAUCUUUGUUAUUUAUUGUUGAGUACUUUGAUUAUCUUGUUUGUAUAUGUCUAGGCUUACCUAUUUAUUUACUUAUUAAUUCAUGCAUAUGGAAAUUUUGCUACUGUAUGAGAAUUUGUUUUCGUUUUUUUGCCUUUUCUUAUUUCAUUCUAUUUAAGAAUGAUAAUAUUUCUACAUUUAUAUAUAUAUCUAUUAUCUUUCUUUCUAUUGAAAUUAUCAAGAAUUUAUUUCUCACAAGUAAUUAAUUCAUUUUCUUCUGCAUUGAUUGAUAAAAACUUUGUAGAGAAAAAAAUAUUACCAACU